AUGAUUUUUAAACAGAUAUUAAUUCUUUUUUUGUUCAUCUGUAUUCAAUCAUCAUUUUCAUCAUCAAUUAUUGAUAUUGCCUUUACUGUAAAAAAUCUCUCAACAAAUCAACGUUUACAAUUAAAUUUUUUUACAUUUAUCACUUCAUUAUUUCAACAUACAUCUAAAGACAACCUUCGUUUGCAUGUUAUUGGUGAUUCAGAUAGUCAUCAUUUUGUUAAUCAAACUCUUCAAAAUCUUCAUUAUAAUCAUCAAAUAAAUAAAUUUAAUAUCGAUGAUUUAGCAUCAAAAUAUGAAAAACUAAUCUCACCGUUAAUUAAACAUUUCUCAUCUGGUCAUACAUAUUAUAAAGAUCCUUUAUUUUUUCUAUCACCAUUUUUACAUCAAAUUUUACCAGAAAAUAUUUCUCGUGUUAUUAUGCUUGACAUUGAUCUUCGAUUUGAUAAUGAUAUACAAGAAUUAUAUAAAUUAUUUAAUCAAUUUAAUCAAAGUCAAAUAUUAGGAAUUGCACGUGAAAAUCAACCUAUUUAUCGACAUCUUCUUUGGUUAUAUCGUCAAGAAAAUCCUCAUACUAAUAUUGGUAAUCCUCCACCAUAUGGUAUAACAGGUUUUAAUAGUGGUGUUCUAUUACUUAAUUUAAAUCAAAUUCGUCAAUCAAGUUUAUUUAAUAAUUAUUUAAAAAAUUCAUAUCUUAUUGAACAACUUAUUCAUAAAUAUCAUUUUAAUCAUUCACAUUUAGGUGAUCAAGAUUUUUAUACAUUAUUAAGUUUUGAGCAUAAUGAUUUAUUUUUUAUUUUGCCAUGUUCUUGGAAUAGACAAUUAUGUACAUGGUGGAAAGGAAAAGGUUAUGAUGAUGUUUGGGAUAAUUAUUUUAAUUGUAACAAUGAACAAAAUAUUAGUUUAUAUCAUGGAAAUUGUAAUACACCAAUGCCAAACAGAAUAAUUAAUGAAAAACUUGAACUUUGA